AUGGCUUGGCAAGCACAGGAUGCUGUUGCAACAAAUUCAGCUUCGGCUGUUGAUAAAGUCACAUUCGGCUGCUUCUUAGAUGACCAAGCUCUAGUGGAGAUUGGAAUACAACCACAGCCGAUUAUUGAGCAGGAAGCAGGCUCUAAAGGCACUGGAGAUGAAGAAAGUGAGACUGAGCAAAUCCCAGUGGAAGCACCUACUAUCUCCAGAGAAGAUAAGAUCAAAAAUGCCAAGGUUUUGAGUCUUAUUCAAGGAGCACUGACAGAUGAACUCUUUCCUCGCAUCAGAAAUGAGAAGAUUGCAAAAAGUGCUUGGGAAAUUCUAAGAAGAGAGUUCAGAGGAGAUAAAAAGGUAAGAGCUGUGAAAUUACAAGCUAUUAGAGCUGAUUUUGAAUAUUUGAGAAUGAAUGAUGUUGAAUCUCUGGAUGACUACUUGGCUCGAUUUUUUGAAACUGUAAACAACCUGAAAUCUCUAGGAGAAGAUGUAACAGAGAAAAGGAUUGUUCAAAAAUUGUUGAUGAGUCUAAGUAGGGGGUACAAGUCCAUAGUGUCAAUCACUGAAGUACCAGAGACUUUGACACUAUUAGAGUUGAAGAAAUUCUUGCAUCUGUCAAAGUCUAUGAUAAGAGAGAGGAUCUACAUGAUGAAAGGGAUAAAUUGGCAGGAACUGAGAAAGCUUUUAGCAGUCUCAGAGUUGGAAAUAAUCAAGCUUCUGCAGCUAACAAAAGUUCUCAGGGAAAGCAAAAUCAAAAAUGGCAAGGACAGAACAAAAAGGGCUCAAACUGGUCUCAAGGUGGAAACUUUAACAACAAUAGUGGCUCAAAUUGGAGUAAUGGCUCUGGAGGGAAUUGGAACAACAGUUUCAAUCCACAAAACAAGCAAGGAAAUAGCAGUCAAGGUGGUGCACAAAGGCAAACCUAGAUGUGGAAAAUGCAAUAGAUUUGGUCAUACUACAAAGGACUGUGACAAUGGUAAACAAGUUGCAAACUGUGCAAAGGAGGAAGAGGUAACCACAAUGUUCUAUGCCUGUCAUGCAAGUUCAAUUGCAUCAAGCAAGUCUAUGUGGUUUGUUGAUAGUGCUUGCAGCAAUCACAUGACCUCUCAAGAGUCCUUGUUGAUCAAUCUUGAUAGGUCAGUGACCUGCAAAGUGAAAAUGGGCACUAGUGACCUUGUUCAAGCCACAGGAAAAGGGAUACUAGUAGUUGAGACAAGAAAAGGGAGAAGAUAUAUAAAUGAGGUGCUGUCAGUCCCUGGUUUGGAUGAGAAUUUGUUAAGUGUAGGACAAAUGAUGGAGCAUGGGUACUACAUUCUAUUUGGAGGAAACUAUGCAUUAAUAUGUGAUGACAGCAGCCUUGAUAAUGUUGUUGCCAAAGUAGCAAUGGCUGGAAAUAGAUGCUCUCCAUUGUCUAUGGAAUCUGUCUGCUCAAUGGGAAUGAAAGCAGCAGUGCAAGAAGAUUCAUGGGUUUGGCAUAGAAGAUUGGGGCAUUUGAACUUUGCAAGCAUGAAAAAAAUGCAGCAAACACAAAGAACCAUUUGA